UGCUAUUUCUAUAUCCAGAAGUCCUUGCUGCUCCAGGAGAAUAUAAAGAAAUUCUCACAAUAAUGUCAAUACCCUUUUAUAAGAUGGGAAACAUUCAAGCAUAUGUUCAAAAACAGGGAGGAACGAUGGAUAUUCCACAACGAGUGAUUCCCACUGACCUGCAAAUGUGCCUUUCCUAUAGCCUGAUAGCAAAGCUUGCUCCCAAUUGGAACAAAGUAGGGCACUUAUUGAUUCACGGGAAAGAUUUUUUGAGCAAAGCAGCAAAACAGAAUGCAGUUGUUUUGGAGUUGAAUGUCUCAGAGACCCAGUUGUGUAUUAGUGUGGAAGCGUCCACUAUUCGACUGUCUCUCGCAAAGGUUGAAGACUUUGACAUAUCAGCAGGAGUGUUGAAGAGUUUCUACAACAGGAAAGUUGCUGUAAUUCCAAAGCAUUUCAUUUCAAGUAAAUGGUGCUAUGUGUUGCCCAGUAUGAAGAAAGGGCAAAUUGUCAGCAUCAGCCAUGAAAUUCCACCACAUUGUCCAUUUCAAUCCUACAGAGAUUUUCAGAAACACUGGAAAAAUAUGUAUGGUUAUAAUCUUCCAGAGAUCACUGAUGAUAUUACAAUUUACUACACUGUAUACUUCAAGUUAAUUGGAGAGAAACUGUUUACCUACCCUUUCUGUUGUGUUAGAACUGAACCUGUCCAGUUUUUCCCAAGAGUGGAUUUGGAACCAGUACUAACGUCAUUCUUCUCUGAUCUAAAAGUAAACUUUUCUAGUCUCUGUGGACUACCAAUAAAAAUUACCAACAAACCUUACUAUGCUACCAAUGAACUCAACAUUUCCCAGACAAUACAAGCAAGACCACCAAACCUGACUACUAAACCUGUCUUCAGUACUGCUUUAACGCAGGUUCCCACAGUCAAACACGUCAUCAACCAAAGUUCUUCAGUUUGUCCAAUUAGUGAAAGCCAAAAGAUUGUCUUGGACAAUAAGCAGAAAAUUGAUUUGAAAGCAAGUUUGGAAUCCAGUUCAAUGAAUACUAUUAUGCAGUGUGGGAGCACAUUGAGAUCAACUGAUAAAAGAGGUGUGCUUUCUCAGCAGUCUCUACAGUGUGAAAAAUUACAAGUUACUACAUUAGGUACACCUGAACAGAUGAAAGUGCAGUCAGCCUCAUAUAACCAUAGUUCCAGUGCCUACAAGAUUAUACCGAUAUUUAAAAGCAAGCUAUUUCAAGAUAAGCAGUUCAUUAGUACAAAGACUAAUGAAAGUAGAAAUAAGCAGGAUGUCAAAUUUAAUUCAAGACUUAUAACUCUAAAUUCAUCAACUGCUUACACAGAAACAAAAAGACCAAACAGUAUGCAAGGAAAAGGAUCCAGGAGUGAAAAAGAAAUUACUUUGUUAGACAUUCCAGAGAAGCAGCAAUUAAUAGCAAAUAUAAGAGUGGAUCAACCAAGUGCUGAACCAGCCCAGAACACAAGUUCAAAUAACAAGAUAAGUGUAAAUCAGGGCUGUGGGAGUCACCAGUCAGAAAGAGCUGCAGGAGAAAUGAAAUGUGGAGCUAGACUACUUCAGUCAUUUGGAAAAAAUCAAGAACCGAGCAGCAUGAUUAUCCAGACGGGAGGCAAAACCAUAGCUGAUGUUGUAAUUUCUGAUGGAUCAUGUGCAAAUUGGAAUUACAAUAUGACAGGAAAUCAUCAACACAAACAAGUACUCCAUAUGUUUGAUGUAAAGGAGCCACUUAAGCAAGAAAAACAAGUGCCAACACAAAAUCUGAACUUAAAAACUUUGACGCAAAAAAAUUUUUGUGAUAAGAAAACAGCUGAGAAAAGGAAAUGUAAAGAGAAAGGAACAGAUUCAACUCCAAAGAAACCAAAAUCUAAACCAGUUAUCCAGGAUGUUGAUGUAGCAGCACAUGCAAAACAUAAUCAGCUGUCCAAACUGAACAGUGUUACUCUUCAAUCUUGGCUGAAAAGUCAUGGUGUUUCUGUGAAAACAAGGGACAAGAAGGAGCACCUUGUUUCCAAAAUCAUGGAGUUCAUCAAAGGCCCUACAGAAUGAUUUUGAGAAUAUCCAUCUAGAUCAGUUGAGUAGAAAAGAGAUGUUCCAAAUAUUUUGAGUUGUCUAUUCUUUGUGUAACACCUAGUGGCUGGAUGGUUUAGCAUACAGUACUUACUGUUUUGAUUAAUAUUUUGAUUUACAU